AUCGCCAGUCGAUAGCAAAACAUGAGAGAGUGCUCAUCGCGCAGCAAUACGCGUCUACUUAGUGUGGUAAUCGUAAUCGAUCAACGUAUCAGAAUAGACACUUGUCGAUAUUUAAUCGAGAUUCUAUCUCGCCGCAUCACAGGCGAUUAACGAUAGUUGGUUAGACCUGUUCCCACAUCUAUGGA